AUCAAUUAAUUUAAUUAUAAUAAAAUAUAAGAAUAAAUAUGGCAUGCGUUGUACUUCAAAGGGAGUUUGCAUUUUGUAGUCACUAGUCACAAUUUGUUGGAGGAGAAGAGAUGGUUUGGCCAAUUAGGUCCAGAAUAAGUUCUCUUCUCUGUUCUAAGGCACCUUUAGUUGGUUCAUACAUCUAUGACUCAUGUGGGUGCUUACGCUUUUCUGCUCCAACCAGCUCCUCCAUAACAAGGCAUUGGCCAAAAAUUAUGGAUUGGGUACAAAUGGACCGUUGCCGUGCAGCAGCAUCGUUACCUUCGAUCAAAGAGAAACAACCAGAAAGUCAUAGUAAUCGUGUCAGACUCGGUCAAGAAAUCAAAGGUCUUGAUGAAGGGAAUAUGGCUGAAAUUGAUAGCUAUCAAAACUUGUUUGGUUUGAUGAAACAGAGGUUUCUGAGUUUCAAGAGCCAAAAAUAUAUAAAAGAGUUGGAGCAUUUUGAAGCUCUUGCUGAAGCUCAAUUUCCUAAGUUUAUGGUGAUUGCUUGUGCAGACUCUAGGGUAUGCCCCUCUAACAUAUUAGGAUUCCAACCUGGAGAAGUCUUUAUGAUACGUAACAUUGCCAAUCUUGUUCCUGUGAUGAAGAAUGGACCAUCAGAAUGUAAUGCUGCUCUUCAGUUUGCAGUAACUACUCUUCAGGUUGAGAAUAUAUUAGUCAUUGGUCAUAGUAGCUGCGCUGGAAUUGAAGCUUUGAUGAAUAUGCAAGAAGAUGCAGAAUCAAGAAACUUCAUACACAAGUGGGUUGCCAAUGGAAAACUUGCCAAACAAAGGACAAAAGCUGCCACAGCUCAUCUUAGCUUUGAUCAGCAAUGCAAAUUCUGUGAGAAGGAAUCUAUUAACCAAUCAUUAUUGAACUUGCUCAGCUAUCCUUGGAUACAAGAUAGAGUGAGAAAAGAGUUGCUUUCUCUACAUGGAGGAUAUUAUAAUUUCUCUAAUUGCUCUUUUGAGAAAUGGACCCUUGAUUUUAAACAAUGCAAUGUUGAAGAAGGAAGCAGUUAUGUUGUCAAAGAACAAGAAUUCUGGUGCUGACUGUUGCUAUACCAGGAAGCUUGAAACAUAACAUUCAUGACAAUGAAGUCAAAUUCAAUUUGAGCAUACAUUAUACAACUAUAUAAAUCUUAUGUUGAUGUUAGUCUCUGCCUGAAAAUGAAUCAAAGAAAUUAAAUGAUUGAUUCUGAAUGCAACUUUGUCAUGAUUUAAGGAAGCUACGGUAUAAAUUAUUGUUUUAGGAAGCAACACAAAUCAGAAGAAAAAUUCCCCUCUAUAUAUACUAUGCAUUAGAGGGCUUGGCAUUUCUCUUUCUUUA